AUGCUUCUUAUUUUUCGCGCUUCCAGGCUGUCUUAUGAGCAAGAAGAGAUCAUAUCACAACCGCGGACGAAACUGAGCGUCGGUGAAGAAAAAGUUGGAAGAUUGUUGAAUGGUGGAGACAGAAAAAAGAACAUCCACACGUAUGACUCACACGAAUUCACACUGUCCAUAAGAUCUUUUUCAAACUUAUUAAAGGGAAAUAGUAGCACUGGUGUAAGGAAAGUCACCACUGAGCACAUUAUCCAGGAACAACUAGCUUACUCCUUAAAGUUGAUCCUAAUUUUGACAUCAGUUGUUAGCCCAAUGGCCGAGCUUGGAAUCUCCAUUACUCAAAAGCUUAUUGAAGUUAUUAGCUCUGAAGUCAUCAAAGAGAUAUGUGAUAUGUGGGGCUACGAAUCUGAACUCGCAGACCUCAACAAAACUGUCUUCACCAUCAAAAAUGUGCUCCUUGAUGCUGACUCCAAGCGCGAGCUCUCCAUCGAAGCACGAGGCUACAUUGAUGAGCUCAAGGCUGCUGUUUAUGAUGCUGAUGAUCUGUUCGAUGAGUUCUUCACCCUUGCUGAGCUCAAGCAGCUUAGAUCACUAACCAAGGGUGGCAAGUUCUUUGCAAAGGUACGUUGCUUCUUUUCUUACAAGGAUCAAGUGAGUCGAGCUUAUAGAAUGUCUCAUCAGGUUAAGGACAUUAAGAAGCAGUUAGAUAAAAUUGUCACUAACCAUCAUAAAUUUGGGUUUAGUGUUGAUUAUAGACCUAUCAGUAGAAGGAGGGAAGACACUUGCUCUUACUUAGAUGCAAAGAGUAUUAUUGGGAGGGAGGAUGAUAAGAAGGUCGUUAUAGGUAUGUUGCUUGAUCCUAAUAAUGAUGAUAAAGAAGAUUUUCGGUUUCUAACCAUCGUGGGAGUAGGAGGGUUGGGGAAGACGACUCUUGCUCAACUUGUGUAUAAUGAUAAAGAGGUUGAAAAAGAGUUUCCGGAUCCCAAGUUAAGGUUGUGGGUUUGUGUCUCCGAUCAAGAUGGGGAGCAAUUUGAUGUCAAAGUCAUUUGCUGUAAGAUUUUAGAAUUAGUUUCCGGUAUGAGGCUUGAUGGUGCCUUUACAAUGGAAUGGGUGCAAAAGCAAUUUCAAGAGCAGUUACGGGGAAAGAAGUACUUGCUUGUUCUUGAUGAUGUAUGGAAUGAGGAUCGAAAGAAGUGGCUUAGUUUAAAAGAUUUCUUAAUGAUAGGUCAAGGGGGGAGUAGGAUUGUAGUAACUACACGUUCAGAGAUGACGGCAAAAGUUAUUGGGGAUAAGUAUGCUUAUAAGUUACAAGGUUUGUCCCAAGAAAAUUCUUGGCGCUUGUUUGAGAUGACAGCAUUUGACAAAGAGCACGAAGAAAUAAACCAACUCGAAUCAACUAAGCUUGGGGAGAAGAUUGUGGGAAAAUGUUAUAACAUUCCUCUUGCUAUAAAGGUGGUAGGGAGUCUUUUAUUUGGUCAGGAUAUAAGUAAGUGGUGGUCCUUUGAAGAGAAAGGUUUAGCUGAAAUAAGGAAAGGUGAUAAUGAGGUUAUUUCUAUAUUAAAGCUUAGUUACCAUAAUCUUGAUUCUUCUUUGAAGAGUUGCUUUAGCUAUUGUGCAGUAUUUCCCAAGGAUUAUGAAAUAGAGAGGGAGAUGUUGAUAAGCCUUUGGAUAGCCCAAGGAUAUAUUGUGCCAUUCGAUAAAGAUCAAAGCAUAGAAGAUGCUGCUGAGGAACAUUUUUUUAUUUUGUUAAGGAGAUGUUUCUUUCAAGAUGUAGAGAGGGAUGCAUAUGGUGCUGUGAAGUCGGUUAAAAUCCAUGACUUGAUGCACGACGUUGCUCAAGACGUGGGGCUGCAAGAAAUUUGUGUAUUGGAUUCUGUUACAAAAAAUUUGGGAGAUAAAAUUCGUCAUGUGCGUUAUGUUCGAUUUUUUGUAGCCAUCAGAAAGAGCCUCUAGUGAGUACACAAUUAGACGACUUGAUGUGCCUAAGGUCAUUAGACAUGAAGUAUUCACUCUUUGGGAAUUUGCCUGAUUCAGUAGGUAAGCUACUGCAUCUAAGGUUUCUUAACUUGU